CUUGGCGAAAGGCGAUUGGUAUAGUUGUCAAACCGCCCACUGCUAUCUGCGAGAUGUCCCCGUCAAACUGGACUGUUUUGGUUGUUUUGUUCCAAUUUGUCGCCAGGCACCACACGCUCGCCCUCCAGGAUGUCACGGUCGACUUGUUCGGCACCGAAAACAACGGCACGGUGGCGGCGUUCGGCGACUUUAACGCCGACAAGCAGACAGAUAUCUUCAUUAUCAGGGAGCAGUCCGAGCUGAUAAUCUUCUUUGCUGACUCCAAAGCACCUUACUUCAAGCCCAAGGUGCACAUCUCAAAAGGCAUAUUGUCAAGUGACACCGUCCUCACCAGCGUGGUGCCCGGCGACUACGACGGAGAUUCCCAGAUGGAUGUUCUCCUCACGGCGCAGAUUAACCUAAUGGCAUCUUCGGUUUUCAUCUUUUGGGGGGACAACCAGACAUUAGAUAUGACUGGUUGGCUCAGGCUGAACAAGACCUUCAAAGAUCAACCUCUGGUCAUGGAUUUCAAUGGUGAUAUGAUCCCUGAUAUAUUUGGAGUCACAGACCUGUCGACCACUGAAUUUUGCUCUCUGACCAAUAGGGAUCCGGUGUGUCAGAGUGCUCUGAGUUCACCUGUCAAUAUGCGUAUCCCUCACGCCAACGCCUUCGUUGACCUCAACAAGGAUUUAACCGCUGAUUUGUUCCUGACAACUGAAGGCCCGAAGUUUGAGACCUGGAUCAGCAAGGAUGGCAACUUCAGCCGGGCAACUGUUCUGCCUGAAAGCUCUCCUUUCCCCAACGUGGGACAGUCGUCCUUUGCUGAUUUUGAUGGCGACGGCUACCAGGACCACCUCCUACCCGUGUGCUUGGACGAAGCCUGCCAACACAGUGCCAUCUACCUGGCCAAGUCGGGCUCCAAAGAGUGGGUCCCCGUGCUGUCCGACUUUCAACAGAGGGGGACUGUGUGGAGCUUUGUGCCAGGGAAGCCCAGCCAGCCUCUUUCCUUGCACCUGGGGGACUACAACCUGGACGGAUUCCCCGACGCCCUGGUGGUCCUCCGCAACACCAGUGGCAGUGCUCAGCAGGCCUUCCUGUUGGAGAACGUUCCUUGCACCAGCUCCGCUCUGCCCUGCAAGAGCAUCGGCCGGAUGUUCCGCGUCCACUGGGACCAGCCGGACUUGGGCGCCAUCCCCAACGCUAUCAUGGCCACCUUCUUUGACAUCUACGAGGAUGGGAUACUGGACAUGCUGGUGAUGAAGCAGGUGGAGGGCAAGCGAGACCUUGUUAUCCACGCCUUGAAGAACAACUUUGAAGCCGAUGCCUACUUUGUGAAAGUCAUGGUGCUCAGCGGCCUCUGCUCCAACGCUUGUCCUGGAAACAUUAAGCCGUUCGGUGUUAACCAGCCGGGCCCGUACGUCAUGUACACCACAGUGGACUCCAACGGCUACCUGAAGAACGCCUCAGCGGGUCAGUUGAGCCAGUCAGCGCACUUCUCCCUGCAGCUGCCCUACACUGUGCUGGGCUUGGGACGUAGCGCCAAUUUCCUGGACCACUUGGUGGUUGGCAUUCCGCACCGGCCCGGAGAAGCGCAGGAGUCCAGGAAGCAGGAAUGGACGGCCAUCAUCCCCAACUCUCAGCUCAUUGUCAUCCCCUACCCACACAAUCAGCCCAGCAGUUGGAGCGCCAAACUGUACCUGACACCCAGUAACAGUGUGCUGCUGACCGCCAUCGCCCUCAUUGGCGUGUGCGUCUUCAUACUUGUCAUCAUCGGCAUCCUCCACUGGCAGGAGAAGAAAGCAGACGAGCGGGAGAAGAGGCAGGAAGCUCACCGCUUCCAUUUUGAUGCCAUGUGACCAGUCAGCGUUGCAUCGUGGCUGGACGCCCCCAACCCCAUUACCUGGCCCUCUUUAACCUUCCCCCAUUACCUGCACACUUUAUCUACUACCUUUAACUGACCCUGUUACCUGCCCCCUCUAUCCGUUACUAUUUACCUGCCUCCCUUUACCCGUCACCCACCCCGUUUACUGGACCACCUUACAUGUUACCUAUCGCCCUUAACCCUUUACCUGUCCCCUUUUAGCUACCCGUCUUUACCUCCCCCUCCUUUAUGUGUUACCUUCACAAUCACACUCUCACUCCUAAGCGCCGUUUGUUUAUGUAAGAAAAAAAACAUAUUGUGGCUCAUUUUCUUAUCUGGAAAUUAUUCAUGGUCUAAAAUUGCUCACAUUUUAUUGCUGACUGCUGUGUUAUUAUCCUGUUUUGGCAAAAUAGCUGCCGUGGUAGCGUGCAGUGUCAUUGUCCAACUCCAAUCCAUUUGUGGUCGAAUGUCAAGUUUUUUUUCCUGCCUUCCAUGUUGCCGAAACUUUGUCUUAAGUCGUUUUAAUUCAUCGUCUAAUGAACUCAUUCUUGUCUUUUUGAAGCUACUGUGGGUCCACUGCGACUGUUGGUUAACAUGUUUUGGGAUUUGCACUUUUUUUAAAACAGUCAUGCGUGUAAUUUAUUAUUUUACGCCGCAGCAACUCGAUGUGAGUAAUAAAAGUUAUUGACUGUG